AUGUUCCAACACCAAUCCCACCAGCCGAGCUACCUCAACACCAUGGCGGAGAAAGACACCCGUUUCGCUCUUCCGGGAUUCAACAGGCCGCUAGACUUUGCUCCGACGGAGAAAAACAUCUAUGGUAUCGAGAGUCGGAGUAUGUUUCCAUCUGCGCUGGAUGAUAGAGAUAUCCAAGCAGGAUACGUGGACCUACCCGUCUUGACCCUCCGCGAGAUGCAUAUGGUAGAGUUCAUGGAGCAACUGACCGAUAUUCAUGAGUGGUGGAAAAAGAUCUUUGAUCCCGCCACACAAGAGGAGUGGAAGAAGGCGGCCUUAAACAGUGGCAAAGACCUUACGCUCAACAUGGUUGAAUGGAUUAUUGACGAGCUUCAAUUCAAAGCCAUGAUCUACGAGACCACAGAUGUAGUCGCCCUUUACAACGGCGAUGUCACCAAGUCCGACACAAAUCUGCCUGAUUCACUCUAUAGUGAAAUGCAAUCCCAGUUCGAGGUCCUAGAGUACGAUUUGGAAGAAAUGAAGUACUACCAUCCAGGACAUCUAAGCCAACAGCGUGACCUCAUUUCCAUGGCAUUGUAUCCGCUCAUUUACGGCAGCUCCCGUAUUCUUACCGACAGGGUUAUUGGGGUCGAGGACUGCCUCAAGUUUGCCGGCAAGGGUGAAGUGAUCCCAAUUCCAAAAGAUACCGGAAUAACUAGAGAAGACAUUGCCUGGCGCGUCUUGGCCCGGGCAGACAUCAAGGUUCGGCCCUACAGCCGGAAAUACCAGCUUCUCCCUUCAGACUGGUCACUCGGUGAUGAUGGACAAUGGCACAUAGCCACAUACAUCAACAAUCUGCAUCCAAUAAAACACCGGGGCCUCUACAAUCUCUUCGAGCGGAUUUUCAAUUGUCUCGUUCCGCAGUGGAACGCAACUUUGACUCCCCUCAAGGACAUGCUCCAUUCCCGUGCCCGAAUGGAGUACCACAAGGCGGAAUAUUACCCAGUCCCAGCGGAAAUAGCUGCCCAGGCACCUACGAUUCAACCAAAAGAGGCGCAGAGUGAGUUUGACGAGCGCAUGGAGAAGUGGAGAAUGCAGAACUGCCGUGCCAUCCAACCCGACGCAGGCAAGUUCAUUCCCUGGGCAGUACCACCCUGGUUGAUGGACAAAUUGCCCGAGGACCUGCCCAGUCCCGUUCGGAUUGAACGCGGUGUCGAUAUCAACCGGGACUACAAGGACCAUGGACUGCAGGUGAUCACACGUGUGUUGGGCAUUGAUCUAACUCCGGAGAAUCCGACUUUCAAGACAGACUGGCACGUCGAGGGCUCGAUGAACGAGCACAUCUGCGCCGCAGCAUUCGUACCAUACGAGCACGACAACAUAAAGGACCCGUCCAUGCAAUUCCGCAACAUGGCAGAGUCCGACACGCUCACAGAAAUCGAGCACGAGCCAAACGACUUUAUCUGGCUGAAACAAGUCUACGGUUUGGAAAACGGCGAGCCGGCCAUCCAAUACCCAGGCUCGAUCUGCGCCAACGUAGGUCGAGUGGUCAUGUACCCGAGCAAUGUAGAACACAGAUUCACGAACUUCGAAUUGAAGGACAAGACUAAGCCCGGGCGGACGCGCGCCGUGGUGUUUUUCCUUGUCGAUCCUAAUAUGCGUAUCAUCUCCACGGCCAAUAUCCCGCCGCAGCGUGUGGAUUGGACUAAGGAAUUUCCGGCUGGGGCAGAUGUCAAGGAAGGUUUGAAAGAUCUGGCGCUUGAUAAUAGAAAAAACAAGGGAGAUAUGCCUAUGAAUCUGGACGAGGCUUUGGAAACGAGAGUCAACGUGUUGGACGAGCUCGAGCAGUUUACUCGCUAUCAGCAUGUGGCUUUUGAGUCAAAUGUUCUGAUGCUCUAA